AUGUCUUCCCACAAGACUUCCAGAAUCAAGCCAUUCCUGGCCAAGAAACAAAAGCAGAAGUGUCCUAUUCCUCAAUGGAUUCAGAUGAAAACUGGCAACAAGACCAGGUACAACUCCAAGAGAAGACACUGGAGGAGGGUGAAGCUGGGAUUCUAA